UUCAUUUGAAAUUAAUAAUUAAUUUGUAGUUUGUGGUAAUGAACUUAUCUUUCUAAAUUUUAAAUCAAUCAAAAGUGAGAGUUUCUUAUUUUGAUUGUGAUUAAAAGUCUCCAAGAUGACCGCUGAUCCUAAAUCUAAGUUAUCCGAGCUUCAAGCGACGAUAUCUAAAAUGUCGCUGGAGGCGUGCUGUGUCGCGGUAUUACCGGAGCUAGGGCUCUUCUGGGGCGACGUGUCACGCGCCAUGCGCGACUCGAGGAUGCCCAUGACGCCUACGAGCGCCGCGAGGGUGCUGAGCAGACAUAUAGCUCGCUCACUGCCAGCUGAAGAAUAUGAUGACUUGUUGAACCGAUUGAAGCUUAAAUUGGUAGCAACCCAGAGCCGAGUCUGGCACCUGAUCUCACUGUCGGAGCCCGAGUCGGAGGAGCCCGUGUCCGCGGCUGCCAUGACGUCGCGCGUGCGGCAUGCACUGCGGAAAGCAAAGGCUCCUAAGAAUAUGACCACUGUGGUGGAGUCAGUGAACAUCGGUGACCUGGUGUACUUCAGCGUACAACUAGUAUCCGCGACCAGGCAGGGCAACACGCUGUACUGCGCAGUCCCCCCGGGGCGCCCUGUGGCCCUGCUCAGCUCCCUCGGGGCCAAGACCAUGCUGAAAGCUAUUGUUGAAGGCCUCGGCUACAAAACGUACACGGACGAGAGCCUCCACGGGCGCGACAUCCCGUCCCUCCUGCGCAUCCACUCGCGGGGCUCCGGCGACGACAACGUGGAGCUGCUCACAGGCGCCCCGGAGUACCGGCCGCAGCCGCUGCUCACUGACAACGGCAUCGACUUCACUUACAAGGGCUACAACGAGGAGUACAUGGAGCUGGUGAUGGGCCCCAACCCGCCGCUGAUGACGGACCUCAAGAUACAGACAUCCGAGCCGUUUUUUGAUCCUAACAGGUUGAGGAAAAACAUAAACCUGACCAUAGAGCUGAAGAGCCCGGACAUCGCGUCCACGCUGAAGGAGUGGGUGAAGCUCGGCGCGCUCGCCCCCACCUCCCCGCUCGUGCAGAUCUUCCAACAGACGCAGAGCAACAGCAUCGCCUACCAGCGAGAUGAUUGAGACGGCACAGACUUUGUGAUGACAAAUGUGACAGUGACAGCAUAAACGUCAAUAGGGUCCACACAGAGCGAGCAAGAUUACGAGGAAAUUUCCUCCCGCGGCAAACUCCCCGCCUCGCGCGUCCUGCUCGUGUAACUUUUGCCUUAGCACGCUUGCCUCACCCGUGCCAAUUUGCUCGGCAAGAUGGCGUCACUCAAUCAGCUGUUCAAAAUGGCACCGCACUUAAUGACUGCAGUGGCUUAAGUUUCUUUUAUUUUGGUAUUUAAAGCAAUUAAAAAAAAUGAGGAAGAAAAGAAGGACACGACAAUUUGCGACAUUCGUUAUUAUCAUUUUUUUCCAACUUUGUCAUGUUUUGACAACUUUAACGUAAGUACGAACAGAAUAACCACACGCGCCAUAAACAAACACGUCUACAAUGGCGCGCGGCAACGUCUGGUCGGGCGAGGAAAACGCAUGCGCCGCCUCGGCCGAGGCACGUCUACACUGGCGGUUUUGUGCGCGGAAAUUGCUUCGCACGUAUGCUCGCUCUGUAUGAACCCGCCUAAUUUUGUUCUAUCUGACCGUUUUUAAUCGCAUUUCCCUACUUUGUUUUUUUGAAAUAGGUGCGGUGUUAUAGUUCGUGUCACCCACGACAACGCGCAGAUUAGUCAAAUCUAAACUUUAACAAUAUGGUAUCACGAGUCAAGGCUCGUGUCGUCGUGAGUGACACGAUCUAUGGCCCUGUUCUGCAACAAACGCCGUAAGUCGCGUCCGGCGUGACGCUGUACGCGACGUACGAAUGCUUACUAUGGAAAUGCACUAUAGUGGUCUCUCUCACACGCCAGACGCCGUGCGCCGCGUGUGGCGUGACGCCAACGGACGCGGUUACUCUCGUCUGGGCAACCGUUUUGUCACGAACAGGCGGAAAUCGUAGACAUUUUGAAUAACGCGCUUUUUCAAUGACGAAAAUAGACUAUAAAUAAGUAUAUUUCAUGUAUUUGACUAAUAAAGACUGAUAUAAAACGA